AUGCGCCAAUCGAGAGCUCUCGCCACUGUGUGUGCCUUUGGCACAUCCGUUGCUGGUAUGCCUGGUGACUGGAAGCCGUGGACUGGCAGCCCAAUGCAGCAAGCGCAGGCUCUAUACGUCAUGACGAAUGACGUCUCUGGCAACAAAGUCGUCUCAAUGUCAAUCGGAAGCGAUGGUAGCCUAUCUGCUGGGUCUUCGUUCGCCACGGGAGGCAUCGGCGGCAACUAUGUCAAUGGCACCACCGGCGCACCACAUUUUCCCGAUGCGCUAAGCAGUGCAGAUGCUGUGGUGACGGCCGGAAACAAUGUCUUUGUGGUCAAUGCUGGAUCGAAUACCGUCUCUAUGUUCGCGAUAUCGCCCAGCGAUCCGACCAGUCUGAAAAUGAUUGGUGAACCAGCAUCAUCGAUGGGCGAAUUUCCCACCACCUUAGCUGCAUCUGCAGAGCUCGGUUGUGUUUGUGUUGGCAACACAGGCGCCACCUCUGGAAUCUCCUGCUCAAUGUUCUCGGACGCAGGUCUCGCAGGAUUCGAUACUCUUCGUCCCAUGAAUGUUGGGGAGAGCGUAACUCCACCCACAGGUCCCACGCCUGGUUUUGGCGACCUGUUAUUCUCCGAAGAUGAGACACUGUUGAUUGCCAUGGUGAAAGGCAAUGGUACCGAGUUCACUGGCUAUGCUGCGACAUUUCCUGUUUCUGCUAGUGGCAUGGUCGGGACAACUGCAACCAUGGCAACUCCACCUGGGAGCAAGGCUCUCUUCGGAAUGGCUAACAUCCCAGGCUCAUCCGACCUCGUCUAUGUUUCUGAUGCUGGGUUUGGUGGGCUGACACUAAAUAUCGACAACUUGAACGCACAGCCCGUCGCGGUGACUAACGUCACGGGCCAACAAGCUAGCUGUUGGGCGCAAGUUCAAUCAACCCGAGGCUUCAUCACUGACGCUGCUGUCAAUCGGCUCGUCGAAGCCAGUGUGAACACUGGUGCGAUCACAACUGAGUUUUACCCACCGACCGGCCUCAUGGGAAUGACGGACUUCAGGAUUAGUGGCAACUACCUUUGGGCUCUGAGCGCCAGCAAUGGAAACUAUCCUUCAAGCAUACAGAUUUUUGACAUCAGUGGUGGCCCAGGUUCGAUCAAAUUUGAUUCAGUGUACCAGACGGGGACUGGAUCAAAUACUCAAGGGAUGGCAGUGUGGUAG